AGAAUUUGAAAUUAUUUCUUUAUUAAAUUUGCGUUUCAUGCGCAAGAUUUUCAAUCAAUUUGUCAUUCAAAGUAUAGAAAUUGCAUACAUGAUUGGUAUGUAUUAAUGUCCUUGCCCCUCUAGCUAGGGUACGUAUGAUUAAUAAAUUAAGUUGUAUAGCAGUGGGAGGUACUGUUCUCUCAUCACUCAAAUACUUAUUUCCUGCAUUGCAAGCCUAACAUCGUAACUCACCCGUUCACUUUAAAGGUUCAAGUGUUACGAUACUAUCGAUUCAGGAACUUUACGGGACUACAAGAAUCAUAGAAAUCGUGCAAUUUCAACAGGUUUUUUAAGGAUAUUCGAAGGGAAUUUUCGUCAUUAUCACUAGAAUGAUGGACGAAAAAGGAGAGGUGCGUCUUACGUUGGACUCUAUUCGCGAAUUGAUAACGAAAGACGAACCCGACGUAGAAAUAACCAGUUUAGAAGAAGAACCAGGCUCAGGAAGGGGUGACAAUUACACAUCUGUGCUGUACCGUGUUCGAGCAAAAGGACGUAAACGAACAGUAAACGAUAAAUGGAUUAAUUAUCAACUUGCGAUUAUUUAUAAAGUUUUACCUCGAUCGAGAGAAUAUCGUGAAGCUUUUAAAAGCGAGUUACUCUUCCGAAAUGAAGUAGCAUUCUAUACGUAUGUGUGGCCAGCUUUGAACAAGUUACAAGCAAAUAAUAAACAAGUUUUCAGCGGAGUUGCUAAGAUAUAUGCGGCACAGAUUGAUCUCAUCGCUAUGGAGGAUUUACGAGAAAGAGGCUUUAAAAUGGCAGAUAGAAGGAAAGGGUUACAACUUGAUGAUUUAAAACGAGUAUUGAAAGCAUUAGCAGGUUUUCAUGCACUCAGUUUGACCUUCAGAGAACUAAGGCCGGAGGAAUUUACAAAACUAACGGAUCCAAAUGGAGGUCAAGGUAUAGAAGAGGCUUUUUUUCGACCAGAAAAUGAAGAAUGGUAUCGUCAAUAUUAUCAAGUUGCUGCUAAAAAUGCUAUUAGAAUGGUGUCGGAUAGUCUUCCUAGCCAUAUGGAAUAUAAGAGAGAAGAAAUAAUGGAAAAGUUGCAAAUGUUUCUUGACGACGAAGUAUUUUUUCGUACUAUGAGCGAAUUAGUAGCCACACAAGGUCCUCUUACAGUAUUUUGUCAUGGUGAUUGUUGGACAAAUAAUAUUUUAUUUAAAGAUAAUACUAGUCUGGACGAAGAAGUCGUCUAUUUAGUCGAUUUUCAACUAACUCGAGUUGGUUCGCUUGCCCUUGAUCUUGCAACUUUGUUGUACUGUUGUACAACCGGAGAAAUUAGACGAGCUCACAUGACCCAACUUCUCCAGCACUACCAUUUUCAUUUAAUGUCCUCGUUACGUAUACUUAAUCCAAAACAACCACCCAAAGAUCCUUCUGUAAUGUGGGAAUUAUUAAACGAGGAAAUGCGACGUUGCGGACGAUUUGCUUUUGGUAUCGCAUUGGAUAUCUUGCCAAUUAGUACCUGUGAAAGCGAAGACGCUCCAGAUUUAUACGAAAAGUCAGAAGCAAAGGAAGAAAAACAAAAUAUGCGAGCACCACCUCGUGGAGGAGCAGAAUGUGCACGGCUCAUGACUGAUUUAGUUUUAGAACUUGUGGAUAAUCAUGCUUUAUAGUUUAAACCUUGACAGAUUAUCCUAACAUUCUUCUUAUGAUAUAACGAAAUAAAUCGAGCAAAACAUCGUAUAAUCUUAUACAAAUGAGUAUAUACAGUUACAGAUCUAUAUAAAUUUCGUUUACAAAUUGAAAUUUGUACUACGAUGUAAAUGAAACAUAAAAAAAGAAGAAUAACAAAUAUAAUA